CCACCGACCACCUGCUUGGCCGCAUCCAUUCGUUGACAGUCCCGUUGUAUCGCCUGCUCUGUUGCUGAUCAAGGAUCUCCUCCUUUUUACCCAGCAUACAACCGGGAAUUCUUGCGAAACCGCUUGAUUAUAAUGGCGGAUUGCGAAUUGAAGGAAGAAAUCAUGUCACCCGUCUCUGUGGAUUCUAGUAUGACCGUGCGGGAUCAGGGUGUGGAGGAUUCAAGGGAGAGCAUGCUGUCAAUCUCGCUGGACGUCAAUUGGGACUCUCUCAACAAACAAGAAGAGGAUGCUGCACAAGCUGACGAGGAUGCCGAAACCGCCUUCCUCCUCGCCCGCCUCGAGAAAGAGAAUGAGGCCAUCCAUAAAGACCCCAAGCGUCUUUCACUAUCUGCUUUGAAACCUCGGCACUCCAUCACAAUCGCAUACCUCCGCAACCUCCUAUCAGAGAACCCAGAGAAUCUGCGCACUUCACUCCUCCCACCUCCGCCCUCAGUACUGACCGACCUCGACUUCUACGCCGCAUUGGUCGCAGACUACCCCUCAACAGCCUCCAAACUUCCCAACCUCGUCUCGAAAAAGCUCCGAUCCGGGGUUCCUCCACCACUCCGCGGCCUCGUUUGGCAGUCUAUCUCAUCCUCCCGCCUCACUCACCUAACCGGACUCUAUUCCACCCUAACCCAACACCCGACACCAUACUCUUCCCAAAUCAGCCGCGACCUCUCUCGCACCUUCCCCAACAACCCACUCUUCUCAGUCCCCGGCGGCGAAGGACAACAAAUGCUCCAACGUGUCCUCCACGCAUUCAGCAUCUACGACGCCGACGUCGGAUACUGCCAGGGUCUCGCAUUCGUGGUGGGUCCGUUGUUGAUGAAUAUGGCGGAAGAGGAGGCGUUUUGCGUGUUGGUGAGAUUGAUGGAGAGCUAUGACAUGCGUGGGAUGUUUACGCAGGAUUUGGCCGGUCUGCAACUCCGCUUGUGGCAGUUUGAGCGAUUGCUCGAGGCUGAGCUGCCUGAGGUCAAUGCGCACCUAAAGGGGCUUGGGAUUGCGCCGUCGAUGUAUGCUUCGCAGUGGUUCUUGAGUUUGUUUGCUGUUACAUGCCCACUCGGAACGCUUCAUCGCAUCUACGAUAUCAUCUUCGCCGAGGGUGCGCCUGAGACGAUCAUGCGUAUCGCGCUUGCUCUCCUCAAGCGUAACGCAUCGCGUCUCCUAACAUUGAGUUUUGACGACUCCGUUACCAUGUUGCUGGGCGGCGGACUGUGGCGUGCCUACGAGGUUGACGACGAUGGCCUAAUCGCAGACGCGUGUAUUGGUUUGGAGAACCGCGUCACUACAGCGGGCUUGAAGCAGUUGAAGGAAGCUUAUUACAACGGCGGAGCACCCACAAAGAGAUCGACUGCGACUCAGGAUCUACAGGCAGUAGCUUCGCGCUUCCUCGGGCGUCUGUGGGGCGGGAGUACGUUGAGCCCUGAGACGAGUAGAGCACCCGCGAGCAUCCACAUGAAGCGGUCUUCCUCGAAACAGAGUGUAUCGACAACGGAUUCACGCCACUCUGGAUCGAGUGAGGGUUCGACGGAUGCGACUACAAUUUCUCGAAACUCUUACGCGCCCUCGAUUUACUCUCACGGCAAACAGAACUCUACCGCGACAAUCUCGACCGCGAAGGAGAAGUCGACAAGGGAGUUGGAGGCGCAGCUUGAGGAUCUGUUGUUGGCGAUUAAUACGUUGCAGAGGGAACAUGCCGUGAAAGCUGAGGAACUGGAGAAGACCAGGCGCGAGCGCGAUAGUGCGCGGUCUCUGGCGCGUGGGGUCGUGAAGGCGUUGGAGAGGGAGAUUGAGGUUAUCUGUGAUGAAAGGGACGCGAGUGAGCUCGAGGGAGAAACCAGUGUCAAGGAGUAUAUUGGCAAGAUCAACGACAUGGAGGCUGGUAUUGUCCAUGACACGCACAGCGCUGGGGGUGAUGAGAUUACCUAUAUCCAGUCUCUUCUUGUCGCUGAGGUCUCGAAAUCGGCUGCGCUUGCCACACAGUUGGAUGAUGCGAACUCGGAACUGACACGCCUAAGGGACUCGAACCGGGAGAUGCGAGUAAGGUACCAAGAGGCUCAAAGGGAGAAGGCAAAGUCAUUGGUGAACAAGCCGGCCGAGGCUCAGGCUCCGGAGACCUCCACAGGCAUCAGGCCAUUGUCUCGUGGAGCCAGUAUGCGCGUAAACCGCAGGACGAGCACAAUGAUGCACCAGCGCGAGUCAUACACGGGCAAUUCUUCACUUCCCGCCGUUCCCGAUUCGCCAAUCUCCGGAAGCUCAGGGUCAUCGACGCCGACCGCAACGAACAUCGGCUGUCAGAGUUGCGAUUCGCUCAAGCUGGACUUGGCGAACGUGAAGACAGAGUUGGCUGUUGCGCGUCAGAUGGAGGAAGAAGCAAAGGCUCGCGUAGAUACUUUGCGAAAGGUGAUGUCGGGAGCGGGAAAGAAAGCCGAGUCCGCGGCGCCUACACCGCCGUUGGUGAGGCCAACCAUUCAUGUCACGAAGAGCGACUCGGUUACCGUUGGCGUUAAUGAAGUUUCGGAGGCAGGGCCUACCAGAGGAUGGUUUGGAUGGAAGUCGUGAUUUGCAAUUGCAGAUGUGUGAUCUAGGGUUCGAUACGAUAUACUAUGAGGGUGUCUCGCUCGUUUUGGGUUGCAUUCGUUUCGUUUGCUCUUGGGAGUUUUCUUUUUGAGUUCUUUGGGGGAUU